UGCUUCGCUGCUGGCCGGGCGGUGUUCGCGCGAAUAAUGGAGGGCAGGGAGUGAAAACUGGAAGUGGGCUCGACUGGCUGGUGAUAGAAACGCCCAGCAAUGGAGGAUUCUCCAGUCCAGCUUCGUGUCUUUGACCUCAAUUGCUGGGCUAUUCCUUACCUGAGCAAAUUACGGCGAGAGCGUAUUGCAUUGAUUGGGGAUGUCCUUAACCAGGAGGGAUUUGACCUGGCACUCUUACAGGAGGUGUGGAGUGAAAAAGAUUACCUAAUGCUGCAAAAUAAACUGUGUGCCCAGUACCCUUCUUCCCACUACUUUAAAAGUGGGGUGUUUGGCAGCGGGCUCUGCAUCUUCUCCAAACAUCAGAUCCUGGACACCUUCUUGUAUCAAUAUUCUGUGAACGGUUACCCAUACAUGUUGCAGCAUGGAGAUUGGUUCGGUGGCAAAUCUGUUGGUCUCAUAGUGCUAAAGAUCCGGGGCAUUAUUUUCAACGUUUAUGUGACUCAUCUCCAUGCUGAAUAUAGCCGAGAGAAGGAUACAUACCUGCCUCAUCGAGUGGUUCAGGCCUGGGAACUUGGCCAAUUCAUACAGCAUACCUCGAAAGGAGCUGAUGUGGUGCUGCUUGGAGGGGAUCUGAACAUGCACUCAGAAGAUGUCGGCAUUCGGCUAUUGAGAGGAUGGACAGGGCUGCAGGAUUCCUUCAUAGCCACAGAGAAAAUUAAAGGCUGUGAAGAUGGCUGUACCCUUGUGCCAGCCAACUGCUACAUUAACGAGAAAGACAUGCAGUGUUAUCCCCAGGGGAUUCGCAUCGACUACAUCCUGUAUAAAGGCUCAUCUCACUAUGAUAUUAGAUGCAAUAUUCAUGAAACUACUACGGGAACCGUUCCCGGCAAGGAUUUCCCUUACUCUGACCAUGAAGCUGUGAAUGUGACACUCUCUGUAGUCCAAUCAAAUAAAAGUGAAAACAAUCUUCCAGUUGAGCCAGUUCUGGUGGAUGUCUUGAAUGAAGCUCGUCUGGAGGUGCAAGUGGGGUUACAUUCAGCAAAACGGCAGCAGUACUUCUGUGGCCGCAUGGCUGUCCUGGCUCUUCUCCUGCUGGUUAUACAAGGAGCCAUGGCCAUAAGUUCCAUGUUUGGGGGAGCUCUCCAGCAGCCCUUCCCCAAGUUCUCCUUCUCUUUGCUCAGUCUGCUCUCUGUGUCAGUCCUGCUUAUCUCAGCUGUGCUGUAUCUCUUCCACAUUGUUGAAGUGAAGGUGCUGCAGGGAACAGAGGAACAGAUGCGGGUGGGGCUGCAGACGCUCCAGGAGAAAUUCAAUAGCAGAGGAAGAGAAAGCAGUGUUAUAAUUGUUCCCUCUCAGCUCUGAAUGAAAGUAGGAGCAGCGUCUUACAAAACAGGAUUCAUCUCUGCAUGCAAAUAAAGAAGUAUGAUUUGUUUUUUUUACAGAUGAG